GGCGACUGGAGGCCCGGAGUUCUCAGCGAUGGCCGAGGGAGGGAGACAACGGGCGGGGGGAGAGAACUCCGGGGAGGGCGCCGGGGAGACGGCGUGGCCGGAGGGUAACCCUAGCCGAGCGUUUGCCCGAGGAGGAAGAAUGGGGGAGAAACAAACGGUUCGGGUCCGGACGGUGGUGUACCCGCGUCUUGUCAGGUGGGACCGUCCUAGGGUUUUAGAGGAAAAAGGAAGCGGAGGAAGACGUUCUCGGCGGCGGCGAAUCCAACCAACCAUGGAGAAGGGGAAGCUCUCGUCGGCGCUCUUCGCCGGCACCCACUUCGACCGCAAGCGCUUCUCGGGAGACUUCGCCCGCUUCCGGAAAGGCGUGCCGCCUGUCCCCGCUCUCGAGGCCACGCCGCCGGCCCCGGAGAAGAAGCGGAAGCGAAAGAGCAAGACCAACGCUAAGAGCAAGAAGAAGAAGCGCGCCGAUGGUGCCGCCUCCGCGUCCGAGGUCGUGGAGGGGUUCAGUGUGUUCAAGGGAGUGGAGGCGAAGGAUGCUGCUGAGGAUUCCGAGGAGGUGGAGGUGGGGAAGGACGUGGACGAGGAAUUUUUGAGGCGGCGGAAGGAAGCCGAGAGAGAAAUCGAGAGAGCUGCCAUUCUCCGGAAGAGAUUUGACAUCCACAUUUCGGGACUGAAUGUUCCAGCACCACUUGAGAGCUUUGAAGAACUGGUUUCAAGGUAUGGUUGUGAUUCAUAUCUGGUUGGGAAUUUGUCAAAACUUGGGUAUCAAGAACCUACACCUAUCCAAAGGCAGGCCAUUUCCAUUCUUCUUUCAGGUAGGGAAUGCUUUGCUUGUGCACCUACAGGCUCUGGCAAGACACUGGCUUUCUUGCUCCCGAUGCUUAUGAAAAUCAAGCCAGGGUCUAAAGGAGGUGUUAAAGCAGUUAUUCUUUGCCCAACGAGGGAAUUGGCAGCACAAACUACGAGAGAGUGCAAGAAGUUGGCAAAGGGAAGGAAGUUCUCUGUCAAACUAAUGACAAAAGAUCUAUCACAGGAUGGAAAUUUCAAGGAUAUGCACUGCGACAUUGUUGUAUCCACCCCACUACGUUUGGACCAUGCUGUAAAGAAAAGAGACCUUGACUUAAGUAGGGUGGAGUACCUUGUCUUGGAUGAAUCCGAUAAGCUUUUUGAGCUUGGAUUUGUCGAAGUGAUUGAUUCAAUUGUCAAAGCAUGCUCGAGCCCUUCAAUAAUUCGAUCUUUGUUCAGUGCCACAUUGCCUGAAACAAUUGAGGCUCUUGCACGUACAAUAAUGCAUGAUGCUGUAAGGGUCAUUGUGGGAAGAAAAAAUUCAGCCUCCUCACUGAUUAAGCAAAAGUUGAUUUUUGCUGGAACUGAGAGGGGGAAGUUGAUGGCUCUUCGCCAAAGCUUUGCAGAGUCCCUGAAUCCUCCAGUACUAAUCUUUGUUCAAAGCAAAGAGAGAGCAAAAGAGCUCUACAAGGAACUGGCGUUUGAUGACAUUAGAGUUGAUGUAAUCCAUGGAGAUCUUACUGAAGAGCAGCGUCAAGAUGCUGUUGACAACUUGCGAGCUGGAAAGAGCUGGGUGCUAAUAGCAACAGAGGUCCUUGCGCGGGGCAUGGAUUUCAAAGGUGUCAACUGUGUAAUCAACUACGAUUUUCCGGAAUCGGCUUCUGCCUAUAUUCACAGAAUAGGGCGGUCUGGGAGAGCAGGCAGAUCUGGAGAGGCCAUCACAUUCUUCACGGAGGAGGACAAGCCGUUCCUGCGCAACAUCGCUAACGUCGUGGUAUCUUCAGGCUGCGAGGUUCCGUCCUGGAUGGUGGCGUUGCCGAAGCUCAAGAGCAGGAAGCACAGGGUGGAUAGGGAACCCAUCUCGGUCCUAAGCGACGAAGAUUGAGAGAGUGCUUUUGUAGCCGUAGCACAUUUUUGUAGAUGGCACUUUGGCUUCAGUUUUCCCUGAUGGAAUGCCUGGUGUGUGUAUCAUUCAGCUUGUAUUCCACUAAAACCUGAGAUGGGCAUAUGCAUAUGAGCAUAAGUGCUUUCUCCAUUUGCAACAGUUUCAGUGAAUUAGUUGACAAAGUAGGCUGCUUCUGAAGUCUCGUCGGUACAAACUGUAUCAGAUUUUUGAGUUAUUUCAGAUUUGGAUGUCACGUAAAACUGCCAAA